UCAUCAUGCUAGCUAGCUUUCCGUGCUCGGAGCUCUGACUAGCAGCUGAGUAAAUGCCGUAUUGUCGCUCAAAAUGAUGAACGGAAAGACCGUGAUAAUUACCGGAGCUAACAGCGGGAUAGGGAGAGCUACAGCAGUCGGCAUCGUGAAGCUCCAGGGUCGGGUGAUAUUAGCAUGCCGGGACCGCAGCAGAGCUGAGGGGGCAGCCCUGGAGAUACGACAGGAGACCGGGGCAGACAGUGCACAGCUGGUCGUUAAACAGCUGGAUCUGGCCUCAUUGGCGUCUGUUCGCGUCUUCUGUCAAGAAAUAGUCAAGGAGGAGUCUCGACUCGACGUCCUGAUCAACAAUGCUGGCGUCUACCAGUGUCCCUACACCAAAACAGAGGACGGCUUUGAGAUGCAGUUUGGAGUCAACCACCUGGGCCACUUCCUGCUCACACACCUGCUGCUAGACCUCCUGAAGCGCUCCGCUCCCAGCCGCAUCGUGGUGGUCUCCUCCAAACUCUAUAAGCGUGGUCACAUCAACUUUGAGGAUCUGAACAGCGAGCAGAGCUACGACAAAGCCUUUGCUUACAGUCGCAGCAAACUCGCCAACCUGCUCUUCACCUGCGAGUUAGCACGUCGGCUGGAGUGCACCGGGGUCACGGUGAACGCCCUGACCCCAGGCAUCGUGAGGACCAAUCUGGGGAGGCAUGUUCAGGUCCCAGUUUUAGCGAAGCCUCUGUUUAACCUGAUCUCCCGGAGUCUAUUUAAGAGCCCUGAGGAAGGAGCUCAGACUUCGGUGUAUUUGGCCUCCAGUCCUGAUGUAGAUGGUGUGCAGGGCGAGUGUUUUGCAGACUGUAAACCUCAGACUCUGCUGGACAAAGCAAUUGACCAGGAAGUGGCGAGCAAACUCUGGGACAUCAGUGAGGUCAUGGUGGGAAUAACCACAUGACAUUUUAAAUUUAACCAAAAUUAAGAGGCUGAAAUCCUAAAAUCAAUCCUAAAUGUUUAGUGCCUUGCUCUGCACAUGAUGGAUUGUUGACAAAAGUUGCACUUGUGUCAGAAAAUGUUGAUUUUUUUCCCAUGACCCUCUGUUAAUGCUUUAGAUCCACUAACUAAUUAAAAAGUAUCUCGUACGUUAA